CCGCUACCGCCCACCCUACCUAGCUAGUGGGAACCCGCGCCCUGGGCUCCGGCUCCGGAUGAGUACCGCCCGUAGUCAUCUCUUGGGAUUUCCUUUAUUGCCUUGUCUUUUUAUUUAUUUUUCUUUCUCGAUUUGUCAUUUUUUCUCUCGGGUUUCCCCUGUUCGCUGUUACGCACGCCCAAGGACGCCUGUUUAAGAGAAGCUGAGAGCAAGCGUUAACCCGGAAGGAGUGACCCGGAUGUGAAAGGGAGUCAGUGUGUGUCGGGCUGAAAUGUAGCAGGUCCCAGAAGGUUCCGGCUUCAGAAAGGAAAGCUGUCGUCCUUCCUUCUUUUUCUUAGAUUGUGUUUAUUAUAUUUCAGAUGCUGAGAUGAAUCGUCACCUGUGUGCUUGGCUUUUUAGACAUUCAUCUCUUAAUGGUCCCCACCAGUACCACCUCCAUUCCCAAUCUUAUCAGUUUAUGCAGAUCCAUCUUGAUACAAGGCUGUGGAUUUUUAGACAAAGCAGGAAUCCCAUUCUCCACCUUCUGUUAAAUAAGAAUUGUCCCAGGAGAUACUGUCAUCAGUCCAAGAUGCUGUGGAAGCAUAAAGGACUACAGAAAUAUAUGGAGGACCUGAACGAGGAGUACAGGACGCUUGACGACUGUUUGCAGCGUGUGUCUGUGAAUGAAGGGGACCGGAAGUCCCUGAAUCGAAGGCAUGCUGAGUUGGCGCCACUUACAGCCAUUUACCGAGAAAUUCAGGAGGCUGAGCAAGCAAUUGAAGAAUUAGAUUCAAUGUGUAAAAGUCUAAAUAAACAAGAUGAAAAGCAGUUACAAGAACUUGCAUUGGAAGAGAGGGAAACUAUCGCUCAAAAAAUCCAUGUGUUAUACAGUGAGCUUUUCCAAAGUCUGGUGCCAAAGGAGAAAUAUGACAAAAAUGAUGUUAUUUUAGAGGUGACAUCUGGAAGAACUACUGGAGGUGAUAUCUGCCAACAGUUUACUCGGGAAAUAUUUGAUAUGUACCAGAAUUAUUCAAGCUAUAAAAACUGGAAAUUUGAACUCCUGAAUUAUACACCAGCUGAUUAUGGUGGGCUGCAUCACGCAGCUGCCCGAAUUUCUGGUGAGAGUGUCUACAAGCAUCUGAAGUAUGAAGGUGGCAUUCACCGAGUUCAGCGAAUCCCUGAGGUGGGCCUGUCGUCAAGGAUGCAGCGCAUUCACACAGGAACCAUGUCUGUUAUCAUCCUCCCUCAGCCAGAUGAGGUAGAUGUGAAGGUGGACCCGAAGGAUUUGCGGAUAGAUACAUUUCGAGCCAAAGGAGCAGGAGGACAGCAUGUUAAUACAACAGAUAGUGCUGUCAGACUUGUCCAUAUCCCCACAGGGCUUGUAGUAGAAUGCCAACAAGAACGAUCACAGAUUAAAAAUAAAGAAAUAGCUUUGCGUGUGUUGAGAGCUAGACUCUACCAGCAGAUUAUUGAGAAAGACAAAUGUCAGCAACAAAGUACUAGAAAACUGCAGGUGGGAACAAGAGCCCAGUCAGAGAGAAUUCGGACAUAUAAUUUCACCCAGGAUAGAGUAACUGACCACAGAAUAGCAUACGAAGUUCGUGAUAUUAAGGAAUUUUUAUGUGGGGAGAAGUGUCUGGAUCAGCUAAUUCAGAGACUCCUUCAUUCAGCAGAUGAAGAAGCCAUUAUUGAAUUUUUGGACAAAAACCUUAAAUCAAAAUAAGUGCAGAUUUAUUAUUUAUUAUUAUAUAAAGGAAAUGGACCUAUAUCAAGAAGCAGCUGUUUAUAAAGUACAGCUAAAAUUACAAGGACGUACAAAUAUAUUUUUUAAUGAGUAAGUCACAUUUCUUGACUGAAGAGCUUAUGAAGUACCGUCCAACUCCUCAAGCAGAAAACAAGGAUGCACUGUUUAAAAGAGAAAGGAAAUUUUGAAAAUUGAUUAUAAAUUGAUUGUAAACCGUAUUUCAAGAAAAGUAUUGUAAAUCAUAUUAAAAUUAGGUUUUUAACUACUUCUUUUAAACAAACAAAUACAAAAAUUGUGAAGAAUGGGAUUCAAUAACAGCAUCUCCAGGAUAUAAAUUGUAGAGCUCUCGGAGAGUGGAACUAAUUCUGUACUGUAUAAACUACAAGCCAAUAUUUAAAGUGAACUCACCGCUUGGCUUUUCUUUCUCGUUUUUCUUUGGCUUAACUUCAGAGCAUCUACAGAUGGAGUAUAACGUGAGUAAUUCCCUGUGCCUCGUUCUGUGCAGUGAUGUCCAUAGAGCCCAGUCCUGACCUCACAGAGCUUCCAGUUGAGUGACAGAGCCAAAAUAGAAGCCACCAACUUUAAUACCAAGUGAUGUGAUGUAUUUAGUACUUGUUCUCUGGAAGUUUCUUGAGUCAAAAAGAAAGAGGUUAUUUUUCUGGACAUUCUUCAGAAGAAAAUUAUGUGCCCCGGAAAGAUUAGCUAAAAUAGAGUUCUAAGGCCAGUGGAAUUAGGAGAUAAACAUUGAAGUCAUAUUUUUUCCCCCCAAUUCUUUACUUUGAGAGUUUUCAAGCACCCAGAAGAAGUUUUUAAAAUAAUUUUUAAGAAACAGUGCAAUGAACUGCUGGGUAUUUACCCAGAGGAUACAAAAAUACAGAUUCAAAAGGGUACAUGCCCUCCAGUGUUUAUAGUAACAUUAUCAACAAUAGCCAAACUAUGGAAAGAGUUCAAAGAAUUGAUAAAGAAGAUGCGGUAAUACUUACGAUGGAAUAUCACUCAGCCAUCAGCAAGGAUGAAAUCCUGCCAUUUGCAGGGGCGUGGAUGGAGCUAGAGUGUGUUAUGCUAAGCGAAGUAAAUCAGAGAAAGACAAAUACCAUGUGAUCUCACUCACAUGUGGGAUUUAAGAAACAAAACAGACGAACAUAUGGGAGCAGGGGAUAAGGAGUGAGAAGAGAGAGGGAAACAAACCAUAAGCGUCUCCUAACAAAAGAAAACCUUCUGAGGGUUGAUGGAGGGAGGUGGGUGAAGGAUGCGCAUUAAGGAAGGCACUUCUGAUGUGCACUGGGUGCUGAAUGUAAGUGAUGAAUCACUGAAUUCUUUUCCCGGAACCAGUAUCACAUGGUGUGUUAACUAACUAGAAUUUAAAUAAAAAUUUGAAAAGGCAAAAGCAAAAAAAAGGAAAUAGAGCCCCCCCCCCAAAAAAAGAAGGAAGGAAAUUGUUCAAUGAACAGUAUACAUUCUAGAGUUCUACUAUAACCAUUUUGCUAUAAUUGUUUUUUGCUCUCUAUGUACACACACACAUACCUGUGGUGGUUAUUGGACCAUGUAAAAGUUAGUUGCAGACCUUGUAACACCACACCAAAAUAUUUCAGCAUGUCCUAAGAAUAAGGACAUUGUCCUACGAAAUAAUAACUUUCAUUAUUAUACUUAAUUGUAUAAUAAUAAAUAAUAAUUAUAUAAUAUGAUCUAUCACAUAUUAAAAUUUCUUCAGUUAUCCCCAAAA